UUUUCAAUUGCAUUUUGUUUCACUGUGGAUGCCAUGAAGAUGAGGUUUUACCUGCUCUUUUUUACCCUAUUUAACUGGAUUCCAGAGAAGCAUGUCUUCUUCAGUUUUGCACAGGAUGAAGUUUUGUGCGCUCGCCCACAAACAGACGAACAGGUUGAAGCCCUUCAGGAUUUACUGAACACAACUGAGGUCAUUCUCUGGCAACCUGUUGUGGUUGAAAACAUCAAGAAGGACAGAGACGUCCAUUUCUAUGUCAGGGAGUCCAGCAUAAAUAGCACAAAAGCUCAGUUAAGACAACUGACCAUCCAACACAAAGUCUUGGUGGAAGAUGUUCGAGGACUUAUUGAAAACCAGACUAUCAAUGACACCUUCAGCCCACGCAGCUCUUCAUCAUAUUAUGAACACUACCAUUCAAUGAAAGAAAUAUAUCAUUGGAUGGAAGAAGCAGUGAAAUUCCAUUCUGACCUCCUCCAGAAAAUAUAUAUUGGAUCAUCAUAUGAAAAACGACCACUUUAUAUUCUGAAGCUUUCUAAAAACCAGGAAAAAUCCAAAAGUGCCAUAUGGAUUGACUGUGGUAUCCAUGCUAGAGAAUGGAUUUCUCCUGCUUUUUGCCUGUGGUUCAUAGGCCAUGCAAUCCAUGUGCGUGAGAGAGAUCGGACCAUGACAAGACUUCUGGAGCACUUUGAUUUCUACGUCAUGCCUGUUGUGAAUGUGGACGGCUACGUGUACACGUGGAGCCAUCCCUCUAAUCGGCUGUGGAGAAAGAGCCGCUCAUCACACGGUAACAGCAAGUGCAUCGGUACUGACAUGAACAGGAAUUUUGAUGCACGCUGGUGUGGGGAAGGAGCAUCUCCCUAUGAAUGUCACGAGAUAUACUGUGGACCCUACCCAGAGUCUGAGCCUGAAGUGAAGGCAGUGGCUCGUUUUAUCAGAGAUCACAAGGACAUCAUUAAAGCCUACAUAACCAUGCACUCUUACUCCCAGUUGGUAUUGUUUCCAUAUUCUUACACUAUGGACAAAAGCAAAGACCAUGAUGAGUUGGAAAGUCUGGCAAAGAAAGCAGCUACAGCUAUAAAGAGGACAACAAUGAAAACUUACAAACUUGGUGCUGGUGCACGAACAAUUUAUUUAGCUCCUGGAGGGUCAGAUGACUGGGCUUAUGAUCUUGGCAUUAAAUAUUCCUUUACCAUUGAGCUUCGGGACACAGGAACUUACGGAUUUUUGCUUCCUCCUCAUGAAAUUAAACCUACUUGCUUAGAAGCACUUUCUGCUGUCAAAGAGAUAGCUCAACACGUUCUUGAAAAUUUGUGAUGUUGAAUAUAACUUAUUUCAGCAUGACUGUACUCAGCUCAAUAAUAAAAAAGCUUUCUACUUUA